CAUCUGCCGGCAAGAUGAAUAAGUUACGUCCAUCGUCUGUUUUCGUCGGGAGUAAACCAUAUGACAUGCGAUAAAUGUCUGUACCGUAGAUGUUCAACGGCUGUUGUUUUAAAUAAAUUCGCUAUUCCGCUUAUAUGAUAUGCGCGGAGUAGAAUGGCUAAGUAUAAGUCGAAUAUAUGUUCUAUACUACCAUUCUUUAAAUAUGUUUACUUAAAGUAUGAGUCACUGGAAGAGAUACACCCAGCUGUGAACUAACCAAAUACCUGUGCAGUGUCGAAUCUUUUUCCAACUACCUGGGAAUGUGGAUUUUCGUUUCCGUUUUCAGAAGUCUAUCGGGUUUUAGUGUUCAGAGUGUGAAUGAGAAGAAUGUGUUUCGAAGUUAAUCGGUAUUUGUAGAAAAUAAUAUAUUAUAUUCAGUAAAAUGCGGUCGAUUAGUGAUAGUAUGGAUGCAUAUAGUGACACAAGUGUCUGCAGUACAGUUACUAUUUUUAAUGUAAAAUUGUUUGCCUGUCAAGUAUUCUGCGUAGGCUAGUUAGGGCUAUGUCAAGGAGACCAGUGAAAAUUGUGUUAGUUGUUGAAUGUGGAGCGCUAUUUCUAAGCUCUUUUUAAAGGCAAAUAACCAGUUUAAAAAUUGUCAUCCUACUGCUGAUGACUGCAUUAUGGAUCGGAAUGAAGACCGACGUAGGAUCGCCGUUCAGGAUUUGGAGCCACAGGAUACGUACGACACAAGACAGGCCAAACAGAGGGCAUCAGUGAAAUGGCUUCUUUCAAAGGCAUACAACAACAAGGUUCCAGAGAACUUAAGGGAACCAUUCUAUCGUGAUCAGGAGGAUCAAGAAUAUUUGAAACCACAAAUAGUCCAUUCACUUGCCAGUGCAGAGCUUUACUGCCUUGGUCUUGCAAACAUCUAUUCAGACCCCAACUACCACAACCUUAACCACUGUGGUAUCAUCCAAGCUCUGGCAAGAAAAGGUGUGUCAGUUGCAGAGCCUCCAGAUGCACAGUUGACAGAGACUGUACUUAUUCAAACCACUCCAAUUAAGAUGAGUGCUCACAUGGCUGUAAUUGAAGCCAUCAUGGUGCUGUAUGCAAAGGAGGUUGUGACACCUGAUCGAGUUGUAGCGGCAAUCCAAAGAUUUGGCCACUCCCGAGAUGCCAAUCCUGAGCCACUUCCGGCUGACCAUGAAGCAGGUCUGGUGCUCUGGGUGAACAAGGCUUGUUCAGCUCUUAAGCGAAGGGUGGAGCAGGAGCUGGAGCAGGGUGGUGGUAGGAGCGGAGAGGCUGAUAGACUGCGUGCACCAGACAUACCUCCAGUCCGAGAACUGACAGAUCUCUGUGAUGGAAUUAGUUUAGCUACACUAGUAUCAUUCUACUGUCCAGAGGAGUUGCCAUGGACGGAUGUUAACGUCAGCUAUUUACCUAAAAUAUCUGAUUCUCUUCAGAACCUCAUGCUGGUUUAUAAUUUUUGCUCCCGUAGUCUACCAUUUUCUGUUUUCCAUAUGAUGCCAGAAGAUGUAACAUAUAUGCGAGGGUCAAUGAAGCAGAAUCUAGUGGUUUUCCUGGCAGAUCUGUUUAAUGUGCUAGAGAUUCAUCCUGUGAAAUGUGUCCGAUUUCCAGGCACUGACAAAAAUUUAAAAGAAGUCUACCCACGGAAUAGCCAAGGGGUAGCUCACAAGCGUAGCUUCCCACAGUCAAUAUCUGCAAUCCCUGAUCUGCGCAGUAACCUUGGAGCUCAUUCGAGCGGUUUUACAGUUUCUAAGUCAUCUCCUACAAUACAAACAUCUUUGCCUAUCAAAAAGUCUCAUUCCUUGCAACAUGCUGAUUCAUAUGGGAAGAGCACCAGUGAGUGCCAAGACAAGAGUCAUAUACAAGAAGAAAGACAUAACAGUAGUGAUGAUCAGUUUGUCGUGCAUCGAGGGCGUGGAGUUCCUACAUUAAGCUCAGUUAUUCAGGCCGAGGAACCCUUGAUUCCUGCCAGGUUACGACCAGCAAAGGAAAAACAGAAUCAGGAUAGUAAAGCAGAAGAACGAGGAGAGCCGAUAGCUGCUGGUAGGCCCAGUAACUGGGAGGAUUCAAGGCGAAGUUCCUAUGCUGGCAGGAGGUCAAGAAGGAACUCUUUAUCGGAUGAUUCGCAGCUGACUUUGGAGAACUUUGGAGGAUCUCAGGAAAACUUGCAUUUAUUGGGGCGUAACCCAGAUAAGGAACCAGCUGUGCACAUAGGCAGGAAAAGUGUUUCUGAAACCAGCAACACCGCUGUGCGUACCAGUGCCCAAGAUGCUCGAAGUACCGGUGUGGAACUCCUUUUCCAAGACAAUGGUUAUUCUUCCAGUGAGAAACGAGAUGAAGAAAAAUCAGAGUGGUCUAAUAUGGUAUCUCUAAAACAAGUUACGCAACAUUCCAAAGAAGUUUCAGAACUGUGUGAUAAGGUGGAGAGUGAUGUUGGGGGAGUUAAACUUGCAACAAGUUUUGCUGAAUUAUCAAGGCAUAAAGCGAGUGUAGAAGUGCCCAAAGGGAUCAAUAUAGUAUAUAUGCAACAUGAUCGAGAGCAGGAUGGCGGUGAUUUUCCUCCGAAAUCAAGUUUCCUCAACAAGAAUGGUUCUGGCGAGAAGAAAACAACAUUUGCUGCUCUACCUAGCAACACGACCACAUGGCAACAGCAGAGCUCCAGUAGCAGUCAGCUACAACAGACGGAGAUGUCAUCUACUAUAGAUGAUACCACUGCACAUAAUCACAUUAUGGCAUCUCAAUUACACAACAUCCGCAUGAAGUUGGAGGAAAAGCGCCGGCGCAUCGAGAGUGAGAAGAGGCGUAUGGAGGUGGUGAUGAGUAAGCAGCGCCAGAAAAUGGGAAAGGCUGCUUUCCUGCAGGCUGUUACAAAGGGAAAGAACACAUACAUUAAAACGCCAGAGUCGGAUUCUGGCAAGGAUUCAAACGGAGAUGUGGUAGAAAAUAUGAAACCUCAGAGACCAUUCUCACUGCAGGAAAUCAGUGAAAAUGUAACAUCAGUUGAACACAAGUGGUUAGAUGGUGGUGUCCCGUUCAUUGAGGAGAGGAAAACACCUGAUAUAGAAAGUAUGGAUCUUGAACAGUACCAACAAUCCAUAGCCCAAAUGAACUCAAGUCUGCAUGAAAUUCAGAAUGACAUCCAGCGGCUGGCUACACAGCAACAUCAGAUCCAAGACUUACCACCGCAACACCAUCUGCAAGGUUUACUAAACCAACAGCAGCACCAGAUUCAGGACUUGUCUGGCCAACAACUGCAGAGUCUUGCAGCACAGCAGCAGGUACAGAGCUUAGCAUUCCAACAGCAGAUGCAAGGAUUUGAUGGGCAAACCCAGUUUUAUCUUCAUGAUCAACAACCACAAGCACACAGGCGCACAUGGGUUCAGCAUGCACCUUCUCCUCCACAGUACCCAACACACCAAGCACAGCAGGAUGUCAGGAUGUUUUGGGGUGAUUCACAGUCUCCAAGGCAACAAAUGCUGAUACAGAAUUCUCAGCCUUCUUCCUAUAACUGUCAACAACAGAGUGGCUUUGUACUUCAUGAAGGCAGGCCUGGAGGUCAUCCAGUAGGUGGAGAUGCUCGAUACCACAAUGGUGAUCACCACGGCCUGCACCAUAGUCUAGGUGUAAACCAUAUGAUAUAUCCUUCAUCAGGCAAUGGAGGCAUGCCACAACAUGCAUCAUUCCAACUUCACUCUGAAGCUGGUGCAUAUGGUUCGCGUAGCACUGGCCCUACUCCUCCUCCUGCUUCCCCACAGCACCGAAGUUCCGCAGUACAUCGGAUUAGUCAGUUAAUGGGAGAGUCACCAGAAGUAAAACGAGGCAUGCAGCAUCACAGCAUGGAACCGCAGCAGUCACAGAUUGAAAUAACACCAGAGAAGAGCAGAAGUCCUGGAGUAAUGCACGCCCCUGUUCCAACACCACCAGUGGACGAUAUGGAACCUCAGAGUAUAUCUUUUAUAGGUGCACCUACGGGAGAUGAUCAGAGUAGUAGUUUAGCUCAGGGCAUCAAAGGUUUGCAAAUCACAUCUGGUAGUCGAACAUACAGAAUACCAUCACCCACACGGCCCUCUUUAUCUCGAAACUCAUUCCAGCAGCAGGAAUCAGAUGAUGCAGCCAGCAUGCCUUCUGCCUAUGAAAUGGAUCAGAGUGGAGAUGCAAGCACAGAGAAAGGGUUCUAUAUAUCUUUUGAUAGUGAUGUGGCUCCUAAAAGACCGAAGCCUCCUCUCAGGGUUAAGAGGUCAUCUCCCAAAAAGGAGAGACCAGUAUCACAAUUUGAAAAUCAGCGAGCUGUUGAAUAUGAAGAGUCAAGACCUAAUUUGGAACCCCGUCUGAGAGAAGCAGAGACUGUGGAACAGCAUAAUAAUGAAGUGGAGACAUCUGCAGCUCAAGGCGUGGGACUUGUCAUUGGUAGUGAACUAGUGAAUCCUGAUCCUAAUGCAUUGGAUGAAAUGGAGCGAAAGAAGGAGCGAAUAAUGAUGCUUUCACUACAGCGUCGUCAGCAGCAAGAGGAACUGAAACAGCAUAAAGAGCAGGAAACGCAACACCGUCGAGAACUGGAAAAGUUAAAGCAGGAAGAAAGAGAACGAAAGAAGGAAGAGGAAAGAUUGCGUAGGGCUGCCAUUUUGGAACAACACAAGCUCAAAAAAGCCAUUGAGGAGGCAGAGCGAGAAGGUAAGCUUCUGCCUGAUAAAGCUGAUCUUGUAGCCACAAAGCCCGUGCCCAAAAUGCGAAACAAAACAUCAGCAGGCUCUCGUCCUCGGCCAAAGACAAUUCAUGUUGACAGUGGUGGUGUAGGCAGUGGAGGAGAUAUGCCCGAAGGAAUCCUGAGCCCUAGUCGAAGCAAAAAGGGCUCUACAUCUAAUCUCACAGACACAGUUUUCAGUCCACACAUGAGACGAGAUUUUUACCGUGGCUCACAGGAUAGCUUGGCUGACAGAAUGGAAGAGCGCAGAGGUGUUGGAACCUCUUUGUUUAGAGACUCACCAGAUGAUGGCCGAGGAGCAUCGCCAUGCCGCAGUGGGAAUCAGUUGGGUCGAAGAGGUUCCUAUAAAACGUCUAGAGAUACAUCGGAGCCAGGUCGAAUUAGAGGCCGGCAGAAAUAUCCCACUUAUCAAGGGAACUUUAGGGGACGAAAAUCAAACUCUCUCAUGAAUCUAUGUGGUUCUAGCACAGACCAGGACAGUAUAGUAUACCGAUAUACAGACACCGAUUCUGGUCUGGGUAGAGCCACCCCACCUAGACGAGCUCCAUCUCCAGGUAUGAGCAGUAUGCGGCAUCUUCCAUCUCCCUCAGGUCCUGGCUCAUUACCUCCUGGACUGAUGACAAAACGUAGGGUUUUUGAUGAUGGCUCCAGUGACAUCAGUUCAACACCUAGUUCCAUGAUGGAGUACACAGGUCCAAGACUAUACAAGCAACCCACAACCAAAUCAAAUAGAGGCAUCAUGUUGAAUGCAGUUGAAUACUGCGUAUUCCCAGGUGAAGUGAAUAAGGAGGCAAAGCGAAGAGUUCUGGAAGAGAUAGCACGAUCCGAGAGCAAACAUUUUCUUAUACUUUUCCGAGAUGCAGGCUGUCAGUUUAGGGCAUUGUAUUCAUAUUGCCCUGAACAAGAAGAAGUUUGCAAACUUUAUGGAACUGGUCCAAAACAAGUCAGUGAUCGAAUGUUUGACAGAUUCUUCAAAUACAAUUCUGGAGGUAAAUGCUUCUCACAGGUUCAUACAAAACAUCUGACAGUCACCAUUGAUGCCUUCACCAUCCACAACAGCUUGUGGCAAGGAAAGAAGGUUGCAUUGCCUAACAAAAAGGACAUGGCACUCGUUAUUUAGUUGUCAGUGUUGUUGAAUUAAAUCAGAUUUUAUCAUUGAAUUCACCAGUUCUUGAAGCAGUGUUUUCUUUUAUCGCAACAUGAGCAGGAUGGAUGGACAGACAGAGAGUUUGUGAAUGGGAGUGGUUCAUAAAUAAACAUACCACAUAAUAUCUGGAAACUUGUCUG